AUGACCCAAACCGACACCGCCAACGGCGACGCCAACCCCCCAAACAAACCCAUCCCCAUCACCAUCGUCACCGGCUUCCUCGGCGCCGGCAAAACCACCCUCAUCCUCAACCUGCUCCCACAACUGCGCGCCCUCAACCCAGACUACAAACUCGCCCUCCUCAAAAACGAAUUCGGCGACCUCGCCGUCGACUCACAGCUCGCAGCCUCCUCCGCCAUCGCCGGCGUCACCGAGCUCCUCAACGGGUGUAUCUGCUGCAAUCUCGUCGGACAAUUGGGGCCGGCGCUGGCUGAGUUGCGCGCUGGUGGGGCUGCUGCCGCUCCCGCCUCUAGCACUACCGGUACAGAAGAUAAUAAGCCUGCUGCUGCUGUGGCCUACGCCCCCGACCGCGUGAUAAUCGAAACAAGCGGCAGCGCCUUCCCCGCCACCCUCGCCCUCGAAGUCAACCGGCUCGCGCGCGAAACCGGCGGCGAAUACGUGCUCGACGGGGUAGUCAGCGUGAUCGACGUGGAGAACUGGGCUGGUUACGAGGAUACCAGCUACACGGCGCGGCUGCAGGCGCGGUAUACGGACCUGGUGGUGUUUAAUAAGUGGGAAGAGUGUGGCGAGAGGAGGUUUGAUGAGGUGCUGGAUCGGCUGGGGGAUUUGGAGGUGGAUGUGGCGUGGGUGAAGAGUGAGAGGGGGUGGGUGGAUGCGGGGGUUGUGUUUGGGGUUGAUGGGGGGUUGGCGAGGGGAUUGGGCGAGGAGGAUGAAGCAUCUAAAUGUGAACAUGCUGGCGGUGGUGGUGGUGAGGGGUGUGGGCAUGAUCAUGACCAUGGGAAGGGCCACGACCACCACCAGUCGGAGGUGGAGGUGCUGUCGGUUGAGCUGAAGGGAGAAAGAGCACAAAGCACAGCGGGGGUGGAUGCGGAGAAGUUGAUGGGCCUGUUGAAAGAGGCACCCAAGGACGAGGUAUACCGCAUCAAGGCCGUGCUGACAGUAUCGGGGACGGUCAAGAACUCAGACCAGGACGUGGCGAUACCGGCUUCCUCGCAGCUAUCCAACAGGUACAUCCUCAACUGGGCGUUCGGGAGGUGGACCUUUACACCCGUGGCAGAGGGCGUGGCGGAGCACGCGUCGAGCGACCAGGCGGUGCUGAGGAUGACGAUUAUCCUGGCGCGGUAUGAGAGCACUAAGUGGAAGAAGAAGCUGGAGGCGGGCGGGCGGUUGGAACUGGAUGGGGCGGAUAAGGGGGUGUUGACGGUGACCAAGGUGAAUUAG